CUUGAAAACAUAGACAGAGAGAAAAGCGCCAAGGAUAGAGCUAUGCUGGUUAUGACGUUUACAGGUGAACUUCAAAGAGUUAAUUGGAUACCGACUUCCUGUUUCAUAUCCAUGUGUGUAUGUAGUAUCUAUGCUGAAACAGCCGCGUUGGCGCGUUAAUUGUGCAGUCGGAAUUAUUUUUUGGCGAAAUGGCCUGGUUGUUUUGGAAGAAGAAGAAGAAGAAGAAGAAGAAUCACGACGAACUCAUCGCCAUAAAUCCGAGCAUGAUUCGGGCACCAGACCGUGACAGUCUGUACGGGUUGCGGGAAACAAACGGUAUCUAUGGUGGAGCUUCAUACAUAGAUACGUAUGAUGCUGUGGUAUCUGAUACGCGUCAGGCUCUUCCUCAGAGCCCGGCUAAUCCUCAUUCCCAGUUCACUCUUGGUUCAAUGGUGUGUAUUGAUGUACAAAAAGGUGAUCCGCUGUAUGGCGUGGUAAAGUGGGUAGGGACACUAACUGACUACCCUGAAACAAUAGCUGGAGUAGAAUUGGAGAAAACAAUAAAUGGUGGAACUGAUGGUACAUAUUAUGGAACAAGAUUCUUUACAUGUCCUCCUGGUAAAGGUUACUUCUGUCCAGUGAAUGCUCUCAAACAAGACACAAGAUAUAUGGCUCAAAAUGAAUCAUCACUGGUGCCUAACUUUCAGUCAAUAGAAACCUGUGACUAUGGUGUCACUAUGAUGGGGGUUUAUGCUGCUGAUGUACAUAUUUAA